UGUCACUUCACUGACUCCAGUCGCUGCCUCUGAAUAUGACCCCAUCAAAACCAGCCAAUCGCCUUAAUUUCUCUGCAUACAGCUCGUUCAAACAGACAGCAGUAACUGGUUAGAUGGAGUCCCGCCAAGGCUACCCACAUUCCCCUAGGUAUGGCAAGCCCAAAGGGUCUUGGGAGACUGAGUCCAAAUCCACAAACCAGCACAAAAAGGACACCACAGCUCCAAGCACAGGACAUGGAAGAAAUGCAGAGCAGGGAAGUGGGUCAGUACCAUCUGACAGGAGAGGAACAUCCAGAGCCGCUCCGAUUCAACCAAAAACACUAACCACAACUGUUACACCAAGCUCUCCAAUGCCUUUAGCUUCCUCACCAACAACAUCAAAAAUGCUCCUCGUCCAAGCAUCUACAGCUAAACAUACCACAGUCUCUUCACCAGUCACUGCCAAACAUGCUGUUGGGACCCCUGAGGGUUUGACUCUGCCUCUCCAGACCACAGUAACGACAGGAACCAGGCUGAAGUCCCCGAGCAGCAGCAGAACAGGAGAGCUGAAGGCAUCUGCUAGAAGCUCUCCCAAAAAUCUCCACAAAACCACCUCAGCAUCUCAGAUCAAUGCGCCUGCAAACUCUCCAAAGAACAUGCAAAAAACAGCUUCGGCUGUCACGAUAACAAGUCCAGACUUGCCAAAGAGCAUCCAUCGAGCAGCUCCCUCUCAAAUCCCCAGGGCCACAUCCAGCCCCAAGCUCAGGCCCAGCUCUGCUGCAUCACUCACAGUGGACAAAACUGACACUUGCAAGAAAGGGGGCAACAGAGAGGGGGUGCAUUCACUCUCACCAAAACUAAGAACACAAGCAGUGGCAAACAGCCCACAGGUAGACAGCAUGACGCAACCAGGUACAGAAUACAACAAGGAGAAAAGCCCUCAGAGGCAUAGCGAGGAAAAGAAGGGGCGUGUAGAGAGGAAAGGCGGAGAAGACGUCCUUCAGGACAUCCAAGUGGGACAAAUCCCCAAAAGAAGCGACCUCACUAUCCAGGUAGCAUCUAAAUGUCCCAGCUCUCCACAAGAUAAGAAGCAGCUAUCACCAGCGGAGACCCCCUCUGCAGCACAGUCGAAAGAGACGACGGGCAAGGCAGAAACAAAUGUCAUGACCCAAGAGAGAGAGUGUGUCACAGAGAAAAGGAAGAAGGGGGAGAGAGAGAAGGAAGAGCGAGAGAAGGAAAGACUGAGGGAAAAGAUGAAGGAGAAGAGAGACGAGGAAAGGAGGAGGGAAAAAGAGAAGGAAGAGAAAGAAAGAGAAAAGAAGGCAGCAGGUCAGAUCUGCAAGAGCUUCAAAGAUGCUUCAACAAUGACUGUAGAAGAUCACGCUUCUGUAAAAACUCUCGAUGCUGGCCUGCAGACGGACUUGGGGUACAUGGAUGCUGCAGUCCAGGCUGUUGUAGAGGUCACCAGCAGGUCCACAACCACAAGUCCAGCUCUGACUCUUCGGCCCUGGAGCCAGAUGGACCCAGACCUCAGCAACCAUGGGAAAACCUCUGGAACCUCUGGCGUGAACUUAGAAAAUGGACUUAGUCCAGAUGCCAGCUCGGAUUCUGACUGGCUGUCAGGUUUAUCAUCACCAACUGCUGCUACAGCGGGAACAAAGCCCAAAUUUCUGGGCCCACCCCCUUACAAGUCCCCAAAUAGCUACAGACCUCCUCACCAACAUGUGUGCCAAAUAGAUAUUGAAUUGCGCAGCCAGUCCUCUCUGUCUGACAGCCUGGCUCUGCCCCAGGUCACUGUCAGUGAAGUCAGCCCAGCAAGUCACAGUGGACUGUCAUAUUCAGGGUCAGUGGAGAAGGACUCUUCAGCCAGGUCUGGCUUGGAAGUGCAAUCCAAGGAAGAGGCAAAAGAGACAGACAAAGCAGAGAAAGGUCCACCUCCUGAGGUGGUCUGGGAUGAGCAGGGCAUGACGUGGGAGGUCUAUGGAGCAGCGGUGGAUAUGGAAUCUCUCGGCUUUGCCAUCCAGAACCACCUUCAGAAGAAGAUCCGGGAACACGAGCAGCGCAUAGGGACUCUGCGCAAGUCCAUCUCGCUCUCCGAGCGCUCUCCUCCUUACAUGAAAGGAGCAAAGAAAAAGAAGAAGAGGAAUGUCUUCCGCUCACUGUUCCGCGGCCCUGCCUGCUGCUCGAAGGCGCAGGCCAAAGCUGAAGGGGCACAGUGACCCACCAUGUGUUUGCAAACCUUUGAAAGAAGGUACUUGUUGGAACUUUGUCACAGAACAGCACCUCAAAGUCAUUCCAAAAGAGUUUGAGGCAGAACCUCAAAUGUGAACUCUAGAUUGCCACACACUCUUAUUGAUGUCCAUAGCCUGGUGGGAUUGUGAGGAACAGUUCAUAAACCUCCUAGCUGCUGUGUUUCUACUUAUAUCUUUAUGGGACUCUGUCAAAGCACUGAUGUUAUUAGGUUUCAAAAGUAGCAAAUAAUUUGUUCACGUGAGUCACUAUUAGCGCACAGUCUGCAAAUGAGCACUUUUCACUAGCUGCAUCUGUAUAAUGUAGCACUUACACGGAAUGUAAUGCUAUGCAUGCCCAGUUAGUUGGGUGUUUUAGCUGACCCAAGUUCACCUGCACACUGGAAAAGGCCUCGGUUGGUCAUAGGUGGUGAUGUGUGGCCAGCCAACAUUGCCUAAACCACAACUUUGAUAUUACUAUUACAGUCUGGGAUUUGAGACCAGUGCUGAUCCUUGGGUACCUCACAGUUUACUCUUUCCUUUCCUGCCACCUAAAUAACUGAUUCAGUUUGUCAACUAACUAAUACAAUUUAUUUUUUUACCCUAAAGUCCAGAGCCUGUAUGUUAAGGAAGCCUGAUUUAAAGUGCAUUUCGUUGCUGCUGGCAACAAAACCUUGUAUCUUGAAAAUGGUGACUUUACUGGAGAAAAACAAACCUUGAAAUGAAAGUUAAUGCAACCUAAUUUUUUCAAAAUAUUUUUGGACCAUUUUUGUUGGUCCAUUCGCCAUAAUUUCACAAGGACAAAGUACAUUAAGGAACAUUUCUGUAAAUGUGUCAGUUUGGCAUGUUUUGCUGAUUGACAUCUGUAUGAAAUGUUCACAAGGGACAACUGAAAUUUUCAAAUAUUUGCAAAAAAGUGAAAAAAACCCCAAAUUCAUACACAAGUUUUUUGCACGACAGCAACAAUUUGCUUGUUUACAUUGUUUUUGCAGCUAUGCUAGUUAUGCUAAAAUCCACCUAUGCUAAAAUACUUAUUUAUCGGUUCAGAUGCUCGAGGCAUCUAAAAUGACUUUAGGUUAGCUAAUUGUAAUAUUAAUGUGUGUCCCCUGUUGCCUUAUUAUUAUAGAAACAGUAGCUUUUUCCUUUGAAGUAGAACUUUAGCACUGCCAGAGUUCAGUUUUUACUCCGACAGUGAGCUGAUGAGUGAGAUCAUGCUUGUUCUAUCAGGGACGACACUAAACUCCACAGUACUGUUGCCUUCCAGGACAUUCUUACUUAAGCUUGCGCAAACGAGGAACUGACCUGGUCUCAGAUCACAGGGCGGAUUUGUGGUGUUUUGUGUUUGAGCACUUUACCUGAAUGUAUGCACGCACUUCAUGAUGUAGCAAUGCCACAGAGCCACUCUGUCCCUGUACUACACUGAGCUGAAAUGGUACGAUUGUGAUAUGUCAAUUAAGUAAUACAUUCCAAAGACAAGGCACUUGGUACAGAGCGCUUUGGCUGUAGCAGAAAGAUGUUCAACAAUGUUCACAUUACAAGUCUUUUUGGCUCAGUUCUGAUCUGGUCUUUCAAACUUGAUGGUUCACAGUCUUGUAGGUAAGGUUUUGUUCACUGGGUGGCGGGGGGGCAAUUAGAUGCACUGCACUUUUUCAGCAACUAGAACAUUAACAGGGCAGGAUAUUAGCAUGACCUGGUCAGCAGGUAACAUGCGCCAACGGUCUGUUCAGUAUCAGUAUUAUUCAGAGACAGGUACUGAAACAGUCACUGUAACACAAAGUAAACUACAACACACAAAUUAAAAUGUUACCUUACUAGGCCGGUCUAAGCUGGUUUAUGCUGGUUUAUGCUGGUCUGGUGCUGGUUGAUCAGCAUACAAGCACUCAAAACACAACAUCAACUGAUCAGCCAUAACAUUAAAACUACCUCCUUGUUUCUACACUCAUUGUCCAUUUUAUCAGCUCUGCUGACCAUA